GUUCGUUUCUCUUCAAGGCUGGCUGGUGAAUUUUUGAAAACUGACUAUAUAUUUCUUGUUAUUGGAAAUACCUGUGGAGCCUGCAGUGAUGUUCAGCAAAAUAUUCUUCAGGUUCCCCGGUUAUCCAAGAGGGAUAAACUAAUAGAAAUUCUACAGAGCACAGGUGGUGAACGAACCAUGGUGUUUGUGGACACAAAGAAAAAAGCAGAUUACCUUGCAGCCUUUCUUUGUCAAGAAAACUUACCGUCCACCAGCAUUCAUGGAGAUAGGGAACAGAGAGAGAGAGAGAUAGCUCUUCAUGAUUUCCGUUCUGGAAAAUGUCAAAUUCUUGUGGCAACUUCGGUAGCAGCGAGAGGCCUGGAUAUUGAAAAUGUUCAACAUGUUAUUAAUUUUGAUCUUCCUAACACCAUUGAAGAUUACGUACAUCGAAUUGGACGCACUGGUCGUUGUGGAAAUACUGGCAAAGCAGUUUCAUUCUUUGAUGAUCAGUCAGACGGCCAUCUUGUACAGUCUCUACUUAAAGUGCUUUCAGAAGCUCAGCAGGAAGUUCCAGUUUGGUUGGAAGAAAUGGCUGUCCAAAGAACAAGUGUUGUUGCAUCACUUCAUGCCCAUAGGAAUAAUGCAGGUAGCAGCAGGGUGAACCCAGGAGAAAUGAGGACGUCAUAUUCUCAAAGAACAUCUAAGUCAUGGAAGUAAAGCAAAUUUAGUACUAAACUCUUGCAUUCUGUUUUGGUUUAAGUUAAUUGUUGCAGUUAAUGUUUAAUUACUGUUAAGCUUUAUGAAAUGCUUUGUGUUUACAAGCUACCUUGUAUCUCAUGAUGAAGCUUUCAACAAUGAAAAAGGAACCUAUUGUUGAUUCUCAGUUUAGGAAGGCAAAAGCCAUUUUCAGGAAAAAAAAAAAAGGCCUGAUACUAAGUGUUAAAUGUUUCAGUCAGUAGGUGUUUGACGCUUGUAUGUUGCCAUAAAUAAUGUGUUGCUAUAAAUAUGGUGUCAUCCCUGUUUUGCUUGCAAGUGGAAAAUAGCAUGUCACUGGAACUUAAUACUUUGUUAUUAAAAUUCAUUUAAAUUGCA